AUGGGAAAUUGUAAUAACAGCAAAGAUGUAAAUUUUGAUGAUGCUUUGUUGCCUUGUAAGGCUGAUUUUGCAUUGCUUUUUGUUAUUGGCAGAGGUGGUUUUGGAAGAGUUUGGAAGGCUGAGAAUAAAAAGUCGAAAUAAUAGUUUGCAAUCAAAGAAAUGAACAAAUGCAAGAUAAUUAAUAAGAAAAGUGUUAGUUCAGUCAUGAAUGAAAGAUAUUUAUUAAGUAAUUUACGGCAUCCGUUUUUAGUAAAUAUGCAUACAGCGUUUUAAGACAGAGAAAAUUUAUAUUUAGUAAUGGAUUUGAUGCAAGGUGGUGACCUAAGGUAUCAUCUAUGCAAACAAAGAAAGUUCGAUGAAAAAUAGACAAAAUUUUUUAUAGUGUGUUUGUUGUUAGCAUUGGAUUAUUUGCAUACUAACACAGUAUUGCACAGAGAUAUUAAACCAGAAAACCUAGUGUUUGAUAGAAAUGGUUAUUUACGGUUAACAGAUUUGGGCAUAGCCAGAAUUUGGAAACCUGACAACGACAACGACACUAGUGGAACUCCUGGCUAUAUGGCUCCAGAAGUUAUGUGUCGACAAGCUCAUGGAGUAGCUUCUGAUUAUUUUGCUGUUGGAGUCAUAGCUUACGAAUGUAUGAUGGGAAAAAGACCAUACUUAGGGAAGACUAGAAAAGAAAUUAGAGAUCAAAUAUUGGCUAAAUAGGUCUUGGUUAAAUUGAAUUAGAUACCGAAAGGAUGGUCAGAAGAAGCAGCAGAUUUUAUCAACAGAACUUUGCAAAGGAAACCUGUGAAUAGACUAGGAUUUAAUGGUCCUGAGGAAGUGUAAUCACAUCCAUGGUUUAGAGAUAUUGAUUGGAAUAGUCAUAUGAAUUAAUCAGCUACCCCACAAUACUCCAUAAAUAUUAACAAUGAUAAUUUUGAUGCCAAAUUUGCAAAUAUGAAAGAAGAUGAAGAUUAUGAGUCUAACUUAUUGAACGGAUAAUUGUUAAGAAGACAAUCAAUUUAGGAUUAAUUUAAUGGUUAUACCUAUGAUCAGACAAUCACACAAUAGCCCAUCCUAUAUAGUCUCACUACUAAAUAAACAGUACCUCAUUUGAAUACAUAAUAAUUGACAUCAGGUAAGAGAACCAACAUUGAAGAAACCAAUCCCCAAUUAUCCUAAAUUUCAUAAAAAAAAUACAAUUUAAUUUCUUAAACCCCUAGAUAACAAUCUAAAACAAUGUUAACUAAUUAAAAACAUUAAUCUGAUAGUAAUCGUUUUACUAACAGACUUUAAUUCAACUGA